AUGGCUCGCCACCGACGGAAAGACGAGGAGGCCGGCGGCGAAGGGUUGGGAGUGGUUGAGACGAGGAAGAGACUCUGGCGCGAUGUCGACGGCAAUGUCGUGACCAAAAGACCAACUCAAACCGCUGCUGCUCGUCGGGCGGCCCAGAAGGCGCAAGCCAUCAAUGCAAACACGCUGGGUCAGCAAACCGCGGUGGAUGGUUUCGACUCUCAAAAGGGCCUCCAUAUCGAGCCACUGUCACCACCCAGAUCGAUGCAGAGCGCGAGAUCAAUGCAGAGCGCCGAACCGAUGGACCACCUCUCCCACCAACUGCCCGACUUCGACAACAGCGACCACAGCUUCGUGGAACCGGUGUCGGGGCCUGACUUGUUUGAUUUCCUGGCCAACUCGUCCUGGGGCUCUCAGCCCUCCGACAUGAACAUCCAGAUGGAUGCGCCCUUUGACGACAUGUUUAACCCUGACACAGCAAGUUCAUUCAACAUGCCCUUUACCACCAUGAGCAAUUACAAUUGGCUGUUUGACAUUGGUGAUAGCACAAAGACUGCAGCAGCUACACAGCUAUCCUGUGAUUUGCCUGCCGUAACUCAAAAGGCUACUCCUGGCCCCAACUUGCAGAGCCUCCCUUUCCAGCAGACAAGCCAGAGUGGCACUGAUACAUUCAGCUCCGACAUGGAGACGAAAGGAAAUUCGACAUCAACAUCUCCAUUCUAUCAACAAAAGGCAUUGCAACCGACGCAGAACUCGGUACAACCCUCAGAGUUCUAUCGGUUUGAUUCUUCAUCCACGCAGGCAGCGAGCAUGAAUGCCUAUGCGUCACCUUCUUUUCUGGAAACCCACGAGGGCCUGAACUCCUGUUCAGAGACAAACUCUACAGCUCCCACUUCAAUCUCUCAUGAAGAAUGUAUACGGGAGGACAUGCAGGACCAACCUCCAAAGCCCCCUCAUCGUCCCAAAAAUACACCUCCAUCGCCCUUCGACCCCGAGCUGUUCCUGACUAGCCGAUCUCGCACAAACAGGCCGACCAUGGACGAUAUUUCACGCAAUGAGAUCUUGGACCUGUUGAUGAGUGCUCGGCCAAGAACUCCAGAUGGCUCAGGCAUUUCGCGAGAUCAUCCGCUCUUGUCCCUCUCUUGCCUGCAAACCUAUCUCGAUCUUUUCUUCUCUCAAUUCAAUGUCACCUACCCACUUCUACACCAGGCAACUUUCGACCCCUCCCAAACGGAACCGCUGCUCCUUUUGGCAGUCAUACUGCUCGGUGCCACUUAUAGCGAAAAGGCCAUCCACCGGCUAGCUGUUUGCAUCCACGAUGUCCUGAGAGCCCAGAUCUUCCAACAUUCGGCUUUCUCAGCGACUCCCGAACUGUGGCUGCUGCAGACCAUCUUGCUUGUGGAAUGCUUUGGGAAAAGUAGAGCCGGCCAAAAACAGCAUGAUAUGGCCCAUCUGUUUCACGGUCUUCUGAUCAACCUGAUCCGGAGAAGUGAUUGCCAGACUGUGCGACAGCCCAGUGUCGGGGAAAUCUCCGGCGAUCUCGAAGCCGACUGGCGCAGAGCGAUUGAUGUUGAGCUUCGAAAAAGACUUGCCUUCCUCUGUUUCCUCUGGGACACUCAGCACGCCUUACUGUUUUCACAGUCGCUAUGUAUGUCUUCGUUCGAACUACGGACCACGCUGCCGUGCAGUCAAGCCAUGUGGGAAGCGAGCACUGCCGAAGAUUGGUGGAAGCAGGCGAGAAAAGAAACUCAGAUUCCCUAUCUGUCUGUCUUGAAAGCCUACAUGAAUCCGGAUUCAGGCGCGCAAGUACCCGAGUUGAACGCCUUGUCCCGACUCCUCGUUCUUCAUGGCUUGAUGUCGAUCCAAUGGGACUUUAAGCGUCGAGAUCAAACCUCUCUGGGUGACGGCUCCUCCGACCCACAACGAUGGCAAGACCGACUGGCCCAGUCCUACAAUGCGUGGAAAGCCGACUUCGACACGUACUGCAUGAACAUGAUGCUCUCCCUGAACGACAGCCCAUCGAAACGGGCCGAAUUCACGCGCUUCAGCACGGCGACGGUGGCAAUCUACCACGCGGCUCACAUCACGCUGAACGUCGAAAUCCUCGACCUCCAGAUCUACGCGGGCGCACGCCACAUCAUCGGCCGACCCGUCACACGAGCCGACUACGAACGGUCACGACGCAUCGUGAAAGCCUGGGCCAAACCGCACGACGGCGGUAGCUCAACGACGCCGGCAGCUAAAGCAGCCUGGCACGCCGCGCACCUCCUGCGCGACGGCAUCAUGAACCUCGACAACUGGGAUGUCAACAAUGCCUUCCACUAUCCCUGGUGCUUGUACCUCUCGACCCUCACCUGCUGGGCUUUCCACUACGCCAAUGUGGACGACAAGUCGCCAGAUCCCCCGCCGCGCCACGCCCAAGCUGUCCCUGCCCCUGCCUCUGUCACUGGCUCGGUCUCAGACCGUGGUGCAGCCGACAGUGUCAUGUGGCACGCCAAAGCCGAAAUGAAUGCUUUGGUGAGCGGCAUGACCAGCGUGGUGCCGGAGACUCUUUGGCGUGUUCUAGGAAAGCAUUCGACGUCGGGAUUGAUCACGGUUAUGUCAACUCAUUUGGCCAAUAUUCGCUGGGCGGUCAUCCACGAGGGAAUGAAGGUUUUGAGAGGUCUUGUGCCAGAACCUUCUCCGGGCGCGUAG